GUUAGCCGGGUUCUAUCAUAGAUUGGAGGAGACACCGAGCAGGUGGAAGUCUCAUCCGUAGCUGGAUAAUGGAGGGAUAUCUAUUGCCUAUGUUACCUUUGCUGAUACUUUUCUCAUCUCUUCCCCUUGUUUUUGCAGAAACCCAUUCACAUUUUUACUUCACAACUGUCACUAAUGACUCUACAUAUGAGUACCCCUCCUACUUCACCACCAGAUCCCUGGAUGACAUCAUGCUGUACUGGUAUGACAGUGACAAUGGGGUUAUAGAGCGCAGGGUACCAUGGUUUAGGAGUACCAUUGGCAACUUAUUGACUGCCUCUAUUGAUGAAUAUAAAUUCCAGGUAAUGCUACAAAAUCUAUUUGAGGAAUAUAGGAAUUAUAUGAAUGAUACUGAAGAAUUCCAAGUAUUGCAGUUGUUGGAUGGCUGUAUGCUCUAUGAUGAUGACACAGUUGACGCAACGUUCAGUUUUCGCUACAACGGGAAACCAUUCAUGGCUUUCAGCGCGGAGAAUGGGAGCUGGAUUGCAGAUGACCCAAGAGCGCAGGUCUUCGCUGACAAAAAUAACAGGAACAAGACUGUGUUAGAGCAGAUCAAGAACAGUAUGAAGAGUAUAUGUGUUCCACAUAUAUAUGAGCUUCUCUCCCUAGGAAACUGCACACUUAGCAGGAGAGAACAACCAGUUGUGGUGCUGACACUGAAAUUUUUUGCCAAUUCCACUUACAAACUGAGCUGUCAGGCAUAUGGACACUACCCCAAAUACAUCUCCAUGACAUUAUACAAGAAUGGAAAGCCGGUGUCAGAGAGUCUGAUGGAGAAAGUGACCUUACCUUUCCCUGACAUCACCUACCUCACCCAACUUUCAAUGUACACCACCCUGGAGGAUGAUGACAUCUAUAUCUGUUCUGUCAAUCACAGCAGCAACAUGUAUCCACUCAUGGCAAGGCUUUCUCAGGACGUAACUGAUCUUAGCAGUAGCAGCAGUGGGAACAGUGACGAAAACUUCAGUGACAGUGGAUAUUUCACUGGAGGAAUAAUCGGCAUAUGUCUAGCUAUCGUCAUAUUGGUGGUUCUUCUAGUAUUUUCCUCUAUAUGGUGGGCAAAGAACAGAAGACCCUGAUGUGUCACACUAGCACAAAACCAUUGACAUCUACUUUUAAUUAUGAAUGGCAGAAGAAACCAAGACUGUUUAUUUUUUUUUAUUUUUUAUUGUAACCAUCAAAAAAAACUUGGCCAAGUCUUUCUUCCACUGGUAACCAUUCAAGUCCCUGAUUUGAAUUUGCCAGCAACUUAUGGCACCUAUCUGUGCUAUGGCAUAUGCAUGUUUUAUCUAUUCCUGCAAAUCCUGUAUUUCGGUAUUUCGGUAUCAUCUCUUAAUUUUUUUUUCCAUGGACAUGGUGCAGAUCUGAUCUCAUGCUCCCUUCCCAGAAGCCCAGAAUCUUAUCAUCCAAACUAGCCAGCAGGGCACAAGAUGUGUAAUAAGGAUGGACCAAGGCAGCCUUCAUAAGUUCAAACCAAUAUUUGCAUAAUCGAGCACCCUGGGUUUGGAAGACGAAUGUUUGUUUUUUGGUGUGUAGCGCCCUGUUCCUGAUGACCAGGCGCUAUGUUUAAAUUUUUUGGGUGUCUGAGCUGGUAGUUAGCUGGGACUCCGAUGAUUAAGGCUAAAUCAGCCUCAAUUCCGGCUAUGGCUGUCCUUGGAGGGUUUUCCCAUUGUUUGCCUGUAGGUGGCAUUACCACCACAGGCCAAUGUUGGAACACGGGCAGACCAGAGUGUAUAGAGUGUUUUUCCCUGCGAACAGGCCAGUGGGAGUGUUCUCCCCGCUGGGCAUGCUGGGGAAGGAUACUUAAGGGGUAGAUGCCAUUUUCUCUGUCUCUUUGCCUCGUGGCCCUCCUGGCGCGAGGUAUGUGAUGGUCCAUUUUAAGCCUUGGGACCACAUUGGCCCGAGGCUGUAAUUCCGCCAGGUAGGCCCAGUUGUCUUGACUGGGGCUUGCACUUUGAAGGUGAUCCUGUUCUGUCAUUCCUGCGGGAGGAAGCCACUCAAUGGAGAAAACCAGGGGAGGACCUGUCCUGGGGAGGACCAAGUGGAAGGCUGGUAUCUCGGGAGAGGCCUGGUAACUUUAUUGGAGGAUAAACUGUAUUCUAUGAUGCCUUACAGUGUUGCUAGGUCGGCUUAAAGGCUCUAAACUGUAUGGCUGGAAAUCCAGGGUACUAAAUCCUGUGGCAGAAGAUUCUGGAACAGUUUAUUUCUACUUUCAAAGAAAGGUCUGUGGCAGAGACUGUAUUCUAUUCUUUUUGUCCGUGCAUCAUCCCGGCUGCUAGGCCAGUGAGAGGGGCCUAUACGGGUGAGCAAUACCCACUCUGAGGAAAGUGGUGAGUUUGACUUUUGAAACGUAGAAGUUCCCCAGUGAUCUGCAUCGUGUGCCUGAACCUUACCCUGACCAUCCAUUCCUCUACCUAUACAAGUUUGUGUGAAAUAAAACUUGACAGAAAAAGGAUUUACAA